AUAGCCGCGCGAUUCAUCAUUCUUACGCCGCAUUCUGUACCUAUAAUCAAAUCUAACCAACUCACAGAGACGUCGCAUUAUUCACUCGUUUGUCAAGGACUUUACUCGUCGUAAGGUCACAUUCCUGUUUUUUUUUUUUUUUCGGAUUGUCUCUCGCUCUCGAUGCUGUGCAUCAAGCUGUGAUUCUGUCAACACUGUCGUCUUCUACCUUAUAAAACAGCCGAUUGUCCCUAUAACGACCACGGCCUUACUCGAAGAUGAGGCUCUUAAAACUGGUUCCGCUGCUAUUUGCCGUGUCGCAAGUUCAGUCGAUAGAGCUUAAUCCAGACGACGAUGAGUCGAUCAAGUCAACCACCAAAACGAUAGCAGAGCGUUUAUUCUCAUAUUACACUGGAUGGAGGCCGGGCGAUGUUCCUGGCAAUCUACCGGAUCCUUACUACUGGUGGGAGUGUGGCGCGAUGAUGGGAGCAUUGGUUGAUUAUUGGCAUUAUACCGGUGAUGAUCAAUUCAACGACAGGGUCUCACAAGCAAUAGUCCACCAAGCAGGAGACGACCGAGCGAUGAUGCCAGCCAACCAAAGCAGACAGCUCGGCAACGACGACCAAGGCUUCUGGGGCAUCACCGCCAUGAUGGCCGCAGAGCGCAACUUUCCCAACCCACCCCCCGACCAACCACAAUGGCUCACCAUCGCCCAAGCCGUCUUCAACACCCAGGCCGCCCGAUGGGACCCCUCGUGCGGCGGCGGCCUGAAAUGGCAAAUCUCCCAGUUCAACGUCGGGUUCGCGUACAAGAACACCAUCUCCAACGGCUGCUUCUUCAACAUCGCCUCCCGCCUCGCCUCGUACACGGGCAACACCACCUACGCCGAAUGGGCCGAGCGCGCAUGGGACUGGAUGACCUCGGUCGGCUACAUCACGCCAGACUUUAUGUUUCUCGACGGCGCGCACCACGACAACGGCCGCGACUGCCAGAACCUCGACCGCACGCAGUGGUCCUACAACGCGGGCGUCAACCUGCUCGGCCUCGCGCACAUGUACAACAGAACCGAAGACCCAAAAUGGAAAUCCCGCCUCGACGGCGCCAUCACCUCCCUCUCCGUCUUCACCCACCCAGACACCCCAAACACCCUCUACGAACCCGCCUGCGAAACCGUCCAGCGCUGCAACCUCGACCAACGCUCCUUCAAAGCCUACAUCUCCCGCUGGCUCGGCUCGACCAUGCAGCUCGCCCCACACACCAUCCCCGCCCUCCUGCCCAUCCUCCGCACCAGCGCCGUCGCCGCCGCAAAGGUCUGCGCCGGCGGCUCGUCCGGCACAGACUGCGGCUAUUCCUGGAUCUCCCCCGGCGGCCAGUAUGACGGCUUGACGGGUGUGGGCGAGCAGAUGGCUGCGCUCGAGGCCGUGCAGAAUGUGCUUUCUGUCAAGGCGGCGGGCCCCGUGGGUGCGGGGUCGGGUGGGACGAGUGUCGGGGAUCCGAAUGCUGGGUCGGAGGUGGCGGUUGAUCCGUUUGCGGGGAAGACGGUUGGGGUGGCGGAUAAGGUUGGAGCGGCGGUCUUGACGUUGUUUGUGGUUGGGGGCAUGGUUGGGGGGGCGGCGUGGAUGAUUAAUCCGUUUGCGCAGGAUUGAGGGAGUUGGGAGGAUGGGGGGUUAAGAGGAGGAGAAGAGGUGUCUUAUUAUGUUGAUUG